ACUGAUCUAAGUAAACAUGGCGGCGCCCACUAAAUCUAAGGUUUUGUCAUUGUAUAAGCAACUUCUUAAAGAAGGAAACAAAUUAACUGACUACAACUUCAGGUAAUCUAAAUCAUACAAUGCUUUUUGAUCGCCUUUAGAUUAGCAUGGUAAUUCAAUACUCAGUUUCUAGGUUAGUUCUAAUCUAAAGGUAGGGACUUAGACGUUGAUAAGAAAAUUUAAACUUUUUGUAAAAAUAAACCAGUGGCAUAGUUGAAUAGAGUAGAUACUUUGGUCAAAAAUGUAAACAUUUUUUAAAAAUAAACCAAUGGCACAGUUGAAUAGAGCUAAUUUUAAACAGAAUUAUAACACCAAAAUCAUAUUUUUAGCUGUUGUAGUUUUAAAGUUAUGAAUUUUUAAAGUACGACUUGGUUUGUCCUUUUUUAACAUGGACUGCAUCUCCACAUUCUGUGACCUCAUUCCGCCGAUCGCGUCAUGCGCAAUGACUAUAUAGUUUAUAUAAGGCUAAGACAUUCCCUUAUCACUAAAAUACUGUUUAGGGUCGAUUUAUUUUAAACUUUCAACUUUGGCACAUGAAUAAUUAAUUAAAGCUUUCCCUGACCAAUGGUUUAAUAGUUUUUGCACACGGCAAACACUUAUGAAUGAAACUCUGAGAUAGUACUACGAUAUAGCCGUUAUGCAAGUGGCUGUGAAUGGUUGCCAAUGACAACGUGUUGCACACGGAAAUUUCUGAUCAUUUAUAAUAUGGACUCUACAGGGUUUUUAAAGCUCAAAUUAAAACAUUCCAGUUUAAAUGUCUUCAAAAUGCAUUCUGAAACACAAAUUAUAAAAUAUUUUGAUGUAUAUAGUGGUAAUAAUUAAAUAUUUCCUAAGUAUCGGCAACUUCCGCCAUUAAAAAGGGGGCGUGGCCCACGCCAUGUCGAAAUAAGGCGGAGCCCCCUUAUGGUGAUAUGGGUCACUGGGAGAAGCGUAGCGAACGUGGGACACGACCUACAUCAAUGAGAAUUGGCACAGAUAUAUAUCAAUAUCUAAUGCCUUACACGAUUUAAUAUGAAAGACAUGUUCCUUUUAUUUCACAAAAAAUUUUGUAUUCGAAGAUGCCUUAUAUAUACCAAAGAUUUUCAAAAUGAAGUUCGAUUGAAAAAAGCAAAAUAGUUGGAUGGAAAUGUAGGCCAAGAUGUCUUCCAAAUUAUAAGGCCGGAAACGGAACUCAAAUAUAUGUCCAAAGAACUAAUUUAAUAAUAAAUAGACACACACAUCGGAAAAUUAAAAACUCGGAUUUUUCGGCGCCGACGCCCAUUUCCGAUACAAAAAAGUAGUAGUCUCCCUUGUUUUAUCGAAGUAUCUAAAUAGAGCUAAUUUUUUUAAAGAAUUAUAACACCUAAAUCAUAUUUUUAGCUGUUGUAGUUUUAAAGCUAUUAAUUUUUAAAGUACAACCUCGUUUGUCUUUUUAACUUGGACUGCAUCUCCACAUUCUGUGACCCAAUUCCACUGAACUGUUCGCGUCACGGCCACGGUAUAUGCUAUAUAGUAUAAUAUAGUCUAUAUGAGGCAACGCACCCCCUAAAAUCUUGUUUGGGAUCUACUUAUUUUGAACUUUCAACUUUGGCACAUGACUAAUUGAUUAAACCUUUCCCUAACCAAUGGUGUUAAUAGUUUUUGCACACGGCAAACUCUUAUUCUUAUGAAUUAAACUUGAGGUACUGGUAGUACAACGCCAUAGCAUUAUGCAAAUGGCUGUAAAUGGUUGCUCAUGACUUUUUGCACACGGUCAAUUCUGAUCGUUAAUAAUAUGGACUCUACCGAGUUUUUAAAGCUCAAAUUUAAACAUUCUAGUUUAAAUGUCUUCAAAAUGCAUUCUGAAACACAAGUUAUCAAAUAUUUUGAUGUAUAUGGAGGUAAUAAUGAAUAUUUCAUAAGCUAAGCAUCGGAGUUUUCCACCAUUUAAAAGAGGGCAGGAUCACUAAUCCAAAAUGGCCUGUGCGACCUUAGCAUAAUGAGGUAAACGUUGAGGAGAAUUGUGAAAAUGUUUAUUGAGCUAUCUCAAUGAAAUUUUGCACACAUGUACUUCAACAAAUUAUGCGGGCCUACUUUUAAUAUGAAAGACCUACUUUGAAUAUUUAUUUUUUAAAAUUUAAUGCGAAGAUGGCUUAUAUUGACAUACGAUUUUCCUUACUUAACCUUGAUAUAAAGAAAUAAUUAACUCAAUGGGAAUGUAGCUCAACAUUUUUCCUAACGUUAAUGGGUGGAGUCAGACCUUAGUUAUGGCCCGAAAGGACUCCUAAUUUAUUCAAAUUACAUGCACAUGAAAAAUUAAAAACUCUUAUUCUAUUGCGCCGACGCCCAAUUCAGAUACAAAUUUACUAAGAGUGUCCCUUGCUUCAUCGUAGUACCUACUAAAGGCAAAGAAACGUGAUCACUCAACUGCACUACUCCACUCACUUCAUAACCAUUGGCUCCCUUUACAGGCACGCGUUGAUUACAAGCUGCCUGUUCUCUGUCACAACUUUUUCUCUGGUUCCUGCCCUUCCUAUCUUAUCUAACUUCUUUCUGUCUAUUGACCCCUUUGAAAGCUUCGUUCCUCCGCAGACACGUGUAUUCUUUCUGUUCCCAGAACACGCACUAAAAACAUGGAGAACGAUCUUUCUCUUUCUGUACCCCAAAACAAUGGCGUUCUCUCCCAUUACACAUCUACAAUAUACCAGCCAUCCAAGUAUUCCAAACCUUCAAAAAUGUACUCAAGACACCUCCCUUUAAACUCUACUAAUUUAACUAUUCCGACUCAUUUUCACCUCCCUCUGACCAUUAAACAAUGAUUGAUGCUGCUGGAUGCCAUCCAUCAUUCAUCCAUGACUUGACAGGGGAAGAUAGUACUUGGGUUGACCAGGUCGAUCUUUUUACCAAUCUGUCUUAAAUGAAUAAUUUUAUGUAACUGUUUUUUAAUGUCAUGUUUCUUUUUUUUACUUUUUGCUAAUUUUUAUGUGACGCGCGAUGAGUCUAGUCCUAGGUUGGGGAACAGCGCUAUAUAAGAAUAUAAGACCACUUUACUAAUAAUAGUAGAUAGAUAAAAUUUUCAAAAUGAGGCUAAUGCUUUCAUACACCUAGGCCUAGUUAAUAAUUAUGGCAAUGGGUCCUAUUAAUAUUCAUAAAUAAUAAGUAGGCUAAUCAUAUGAUGUUAAUUAAUCUUAUGCAUCACCACUUAGUGCCACUGAUAAUGUCAUUAGGGUAUUAAUACUAGGUAGGUUAAUGUUUAGUUUACGAUACAGAUUUUGGCAAGAGAAUAGAUAGAGAUGUCUCACCCUAAGGGCAGGGUGCAGUGACACCAUGGUAGGCCCACACUUACCAGACUUUAAAAAAAAAAUUUUUUAAAUAUAGCGUAUGAUACUUAAAGAUCUAAGUUUAGUUCCAUCUGGUAGGCUAAAUAAGGAGAUUUUAAUUUAAAAAAUGCUUCAAAUAAUAAUGAUCACUCAUUCCUCAUCUAGUGUGCUAAAAUGAAAUAUUAACCGGUACUGAUAUUGAUAUGGAAGUAGAAGCUGGAAGUACACUCGUUGGGUAGAGAAAGGACUUUAGUUGACAAAUCAAUUUUUUUGUUGACUAUUCAUUAUGGCCAAUUGAUACUAAUGACCAAAUUUAAAUUGUGGUUAAGUACCAUAGGUAAUAUAGUUAUCAUUAUUUUGUUUAAUUUUCCAAAACAUUAGGCAAGCCUAUUCAUUAUCAAAGUAGUUGACUACAGCCAGCGGUGGAUAAUCAGAAUCUCACAUUUUAGAAUCCUAAACUAAAUGCAAAUGAAAUAGUGUAGGCCCUAGCUCUAGUGCUACCCUUUGUGGUAAUCUUGUAUUUUAACAUUGUAAAUUGAAAGUAAUUAACCAGUAGAUAAGUAAUAAUUUUCGUUAUCUCCUCUUCCGUGGAUAACUAAAUAUAUAGGCCUAGUUGUUAGUAGAAUUAUCUAACAACAAAAUGCUAGUACACUAUUAUUUAAUUUUCCAAUAAUUAGCCUAUUUAGUAAUAUAUGAAUUUAAUAAAUAAAUGGGUUAUUGAAUAGGCCCUACUUGCUAUAAACCAGAUGUUGAUGUUGUCUUCAAAUAAUAAAAACACCUCAUAAAGGGAGCAUUUAUAUUUUUUUAAAGUAUGUACUAUUGUUACCCUUUUUGUUAUGAUAUCUUUAAAGAUCAAUUAAGGUCCAAAUAGUCCAAAGCAAGUGUUGAUCCAUGUUUUCGUCCCUACUAGUUUCAUUUUAUUUAAUUCUUCUUAAUAAUCAGAUUGUAAUAUGAAAUUUUCUUUUAUCAUAAAAUAAAAAUUAAUCAAGACAUUUAAUCAUAUAAUGGAGAGUUCUUUUUUGUGCUUUAAAAAAAAAUUUAGAAUGUAUGCAAUCAGACGAACAAAAGAUGCCUUCAAGGGCUAUAAGAAUCUAAAUGACGCCUCUGAAAUUCAAAUACUGAUAAAGAAAGCAACAGAAAAUUUGGAAAUGUUGAAAAGACAGGUAAGCCGCAAUUAAUUUCUUUAAUAAUGUGCCAUAGAAAUAUAGAACCAUUCACAUGUUAGAUGUACCCGGUAUGCAGUAUGUUGAUACUCUGUUCAACUAGGUAAUAAGCUGGUAUUCUGGCUUCAUCAAAUAAUAAAUGAACAACAAAGAUCUUCAAUUAAUUAUAAAUAAGUUUAUUAACUGACUGCAAUCAUACUUUGCUGUGAUAAAGCCUUCAAGUACUAUGAAAAGAUGACAAAAAUAAUAUUCUAUUAAAUAUAUCAUGAAACAUCUACUCCUAACCCAUUCCAAAAUUCACCUAAAGCUAUCAUCCUACUCAAUAUGAGUAUGCUCAAUAUUAUUCUACUAUAUAAAAAUAUAUAACUAGUCAAAAACAACAUUAUAAGCUAAACCAAAACAUAAUAAUACAUAAAGACACUUAUCUAUAACGGCUCUAAAUAUGAUACACCUGAACCCACGCCAAAACAGUUAACAGACAUAGCAAAAAUUGUUGCCAUAAUUGGGUUGAUAAUAAAUGGAACUUUUUUCUUCAAUAAAAAUAGAAAAGUUAUGAGGCGAAAACAAUUGACUAAUUUUAAGGGGGUUGGACUAGGAUAAAACUUAAGUAGAUUAAUAAGAAACAAUACUUCAAAAUAUCUAGCUGAAACACGAUGAUCGUGAAAAUGGUUUUUCAAAAGUUAAUUUUAAACUGUGCAGUAUAUUGAAACAGUUUUUGUUUAUUGUUUUCUAACACUUCAUACAUCCAAAUUUUCUUGUUGUAUGUUGACAUUGAUAAGCAAAUAUUAAUUAAUCUAAAAAUCACUGAAUGUGUACAGUAAUAGAAUAUAUUUACAUUCAGUAUUUUUCCAUGAAUAAUAAAUCUCAUGCAUUCAGUCUUACGUUAUGACUCCUCAAGCUCUUGAGUAAUGCAACAAAAGCUGAUGUGGAUUGACAUCAAAGCCUGUGGAAUCAAAAUUUAAAGUUCAUCUUAAAUGUUUGAAUAAAAAAUGUUUGCAUAUUUUAUGUAGAUGGAUUACUUUAACUCGAGGCUUCCUUUUCUUUUUAAAGUUGUAACAUUGUUCAUCAUUUCAUUUCCAGGCAUUGCUAAGUCAGCUGUUUGGAUCAAAUAAAUUGGUCAUUGAGUCUCAGGCUGGGAGCAAGUGAAGUUGUCAUGCAGCUAAGCCAUUAUCUACAUCAGAAAGGAAACUAGUUUUCUCAUUUCCUUGCAGUGUACAUAGAUUUUAUUUAUGUUGAAGACUGAAUAAUGUGUGGUCAGGGACAGUUUAGGGGUAUGUUGUAAGAAAUGGCGGCACUUACUAUUGUAAUAAAUGGGUUGUGAAUGUGAUUCAAAACAAUCAUGUGCAAGAUUAUAAUUUAAUGACAUACAAAGGGAUAAUAAUUAGUAGAAAAACAUUUGUUUUGAAAUGCAUUGAAAAAAAGAGUUGUUAUUGAAUAAAACUACAAACUGCAAUUAAAAUAUAGAUAAUUAUGUUAAGAGUGUUUAUAAAGAUUGUGUAACUUAAAAUGUGAAAUAUUACAGAGUGGACAAGAAGAGAUUAUUUUUCAUAUUAACCUUUUAUUGUUUUUAAGACUAUUUUUUAGACUUUAAGGUAAAGAAAGUACCGGUAAACCGUUCAAUUCUUGAGGCAAAUUUUUUAAAUCGAAAAUGUUAGUAUCAAAGUAAUAAAAUUAAUUUUUUGUAGCACAAGCAAUUUAAGAGAGAAACCAUCUUCUUAUCAUCUGGUGACUUAAAGUUAGUUAAGAUUUUGUGUCUCCAUGUAUCUAGACCGCAUGAUUAUUCAAGUUCAUUUGUUACCGGGUAUUUCAAAUGAAUAACCAGAUGUUGAUGCUCAUUGUUUUGUGCCCGCACAAAGUAUUUAUUAUUCAUUUCAUUUUAAAUAGCUAUUAUCACAUCAAAAACUAAACAAUGUGUAAUCACAUGGAGUAAUCUCCCCUUACUACUUACUAUUCAGCCAGAGCUAAUAAAAACAUUUAUUUCAAAGCACAUCAAUUAAAUACCCUAUCAUUGUGUUGUGUGAAACGAAUAUUGGUUGUAUUUUACUUUUACACAAAGAAAUAAAUCUAUAACAAGGCUAAGGAUGUUCAUUAAAAUUUGUGGAAAAGUGUACAAUAUCUAUUUUGCUGAAACUGAAGUUCAUCCAGUGUUUAAGCAGAUUGUAUUGGACAGAUACGGACAUUCUUGCCCAAUCAAGUGCUUGCAUGGUAAAGAAAAUAUUUGUUAUGAGAGAAUUUCAUGUAUCUGGUAUUAAGUCAAGAUUUCCGUUUUGAACAAAAAAUGUUUAUUUCCUCCCUUUGUUAAGGCUAAGGUUGUAAAGUUGGAAAAGAUUAUCACAAGUGGAGAUAUUAACAUUUAUAAAAAAUAAGUUGACAAAAGUUUGAAUAGCUGACAGACUUGCCAUUGUUGGUACUAAAGAAAUAUUGCUCAGAAGAUUUUACUCAGGUUGUCUUUAUCAGAAGGUGUGAUAUUUAUUUCGUCAGUAGCAUAUGUGCAUGUCAAGGAAACUGAAGAUAUGUUUUACUGUUUGUUUAAAAAUCCUUUACCAUAUCAAUAUGUUGCUAUGUGAAAGUAAUGAUUUCCAAUUUUCAGGGGGAGAUGAGGAGAAAACUUGGCAUAACUUGAAACAAAGACUUUGUUUUGUAAUAUUUAAUCAUCUUAUGGAAUGAAAAGUACCUUCAGCUGAAUUAUUGUCUUCGACUUUGUUUUGUAAUAUUUAGUUAUCUUAUGGAAUGAAAAGUACGCUCCACUGAUUUAAUGUAUUUGACUUUGUUUUGUAAUAUUUAGUUAUCUUAUGGAAUGAAAAGUACUUUCAACUGAAUUAAUCUCUUUGAGAGGUAAGGUUAGAAGCUAUACAGUUUCUUGUAGCUGUUGCUUUUAAGUUAGAUUUAUAAAAUGCACCAAGUAUAUUUAGGUUUAGAUCUGUGCAGCCCACAUGUUUUUUUCUGAAGCCCCCAAAUAGACACCUAAAAGAUGUAUUUUCCCACCCCAACUUAAGUUGAAGAGCCUGAGAAAAAGUGGUCCCCAUGCUGCCAUUUGGAAGAUUAAAUUUAAAUUUUACAACUUGUUAAGGCCUCUAAAUUAAAUGUUGCAGGAUAAAACGUGCAAUAAGUGAAAUAUAUUAUUAUUACAAUAAAUGACAAACUAAACAAUCAUUAACUUUUUUUAAAAAUGUCCUGUCUAGCCUGCGCUCCCCCCCCCCCCGCCCUAAAUCUAAUUAUAAAAGAAAAUAUUUUUAAUAUCCCUCUGUGGGUCAUACUGUUUCUAGGUUGGGGAAAUACUGGUUUAGUUUUUAAAAACAAAUGUUUGAGAAGCAUGAGGUUGAAGGUGUCCCAAAAAUAAAGGUAAUGUUUGGAUUUUGUCUGAUGACAGGUAUAAAGUAUAAUAUCGAUAGUGUUUUGUCUCAAGCACAUGAACACAUUGAAUCUUUUUACAUAAGAUCAUCAAUAUAAUUUUUUUUUGCAUAUGAAAUUAAUGUCUCUUUCAAUCUUUUGUAAUGGCUGCCCUUGUUUAUAUAUUAUGCAAUAGGUAUUAGAAGACAGAUAUCUAGCCAUCUACCGGUGAUAUAUGUGCUCCAUAGUUCUCAAACUUUGUAUCAGUCCUGUUGCCAGAGCCAUUACAUGACUUUGGAGACCCCCUAUCAAUUUUCUGUUUUACAUCCCCUGCGUUUAAAUUUAAUCAUUUUUAUUUUUUUCAUUUUGGGCUUUUUUAAUAUCCAAGCUCCACCCCCACUUUCCCUGCAGCCACAGGGGUUGCAGGGUCCACACAGUGGGUCUCAUAUGACACUCCGUGUUUGAUCCAGCCAUUGCUGAUUGUCAUGAUUGACAGAUUAGCAGGCAAUAACUGCCGCCUCAUCCAUGUGUUAAGAUCAUUUCUUAGUUUGUAGCAAUAUGUGUGUUUUUUUUUUUAAAUACUACCGUUAUUAGCAUUAGUAAAAUUGGAACUGUUAAUUUUAUAAUACAGUUUUGCACCCAGCUUUAUCAUGUUCAAAUGUUUUGUACGUAUAUAUUUCAUGAAAUUCAGAACUGAAAUUCUCAUUAAAUUGAUUUCCUUCUCUUUUUAUAUUUUUGCUAUAUAACUAUGGAACUGAAAGUAAAAAUUGUGUUUUUAGCAUAUGUGUCUUUUGGUGUCAGUUAUCAAAAAAAAUGAUGACCAAAAUAAGUUAAGAACCGGUGACAGAAACUCAAACAUCUUUAAUUUAAAUAUUGGGUACUUGUAUGAGUAGAGUACUUACAAAUGACGAUUUUUUUAUUUUUUAAAACAUUUUUUUCCAUGUAAAUUAAUAUAACGAGACAUAAUAAAUAAAUACUUAAGGAAAUAACUAAAUAUGUUUUGUGUUUUUAACAGUUUUACACAUUAAAAAAUCUGACAAAUUGGCUAAUUUAUAACAAAAUAAUUUUUUAAAUAAG